GUUCCCGACUUCUCGCAAACAGGGUUUUAAUCAAAUUUUCCAAAACCUUCUCCAUUGACGGAGGAAGGAAGGAAGCAAACAGCUGAAAAUGGCUGCGACUGUUCCUGCAAUUACUCGUUCGGACCAAACGUGGGAUUUUAGCUGUAAUUUGGAUGUGAAUUUUGAAACGGAAGAACAUGCUUUGAUUGUUUAUACAUCAUUGGCUGUUGAUAAAGAGUUGCAGCCUGAUAAAGUGAGAAGAAUUAUGUCAGUAUCAAACAAUAAGCUUUCUGUGCACUUUGAAGCAAUAGAGGCAAGGCUUCUUCGCGCUUCCUUCUCUGCGUUUGUAGACGUUCUUACACUGGCCACAAGAACAAUUCAAGAAUUUGGGCAGAAGUGAAGAACCAACAAUGUUGAAAAGGAAGAAGUUUGAUUCUUUUUUAUUCCUCACCGAGAACUCAAAACUACAAUGAACAAGUCAGUUCAGUUCAGUUCAUGCUUUGAGCACAAAUAUUACGAUUUUCUCACAGAUUUAUUCAAACAAUGUAUUAUUGUUAUGUAGUGUGUGAACUAGAUUUGAGAAGUUAAGAAAAGAUAAAUACAAUUGAAGCUUUCGAUUUGA